UUAAUUCUUUCUUUUGUUCUUUAAAAAAAUAUAAAUUUGCUUUUUUUAUGUUCUCCUUUUGCACUAUAUGUAAAGCACUUUGAGUUGCCCUGUUGCUGAAAUGUGCUAUACAAAUACAUGUGCCUUGCCUUGCAGCCAUGAGCUGAACAGCAUGGCAUUUUUAUUUAAAAUUGUGUCUUAUUAACUUGUUAUAUUUGAUCUUCUCCCGUCGCCUUCUAUUAAUGUCAAUGAUAACGUGAAAGCGCCUAUGGUAACAACACGGCGCCUGUGAAUCACGUGACAGCCCCCUGAACAAAUCAUAGCACAGAACAGUUGGCCAAAAACUCACUAUUAGCGGUUCAGUGUCAGACGCUCUCCGCUGUUCACUGCUGUACUCACAUCCACACAGCUGAGCUCCAGGCAGCCUGCAGGAUGGCCACCGCUACGCUUCAGUCAUUCAACGUGUUUCUGACGGACAAGUUAACCGCAGCUGCUGUAGACAUCUAUGGCUUUGUGGAAAAGACAAUACUGGACUACCAGGAGGAAGUGAACCGGGCGAAGCUGGAGAACCAGAGGCUGCGGCGGCUGCUUGAUUUGGUGUACACGCCAGAGAUAAAACUGCACAGGGCAGAUUCAAUGCAGAUCGAAUUGCCCGCACCAACACAGGAGGUGUCAGCUGAGGAGCAGCAGAUAGAGGAGGAAUGUAUUCCCAGUGUGUUCACGGAGGAUCCGGUCAUCCUUGCCAUUAAAGAGGAACAACCCGAACAUUGGACCGGUCCUGUGAAGGCACCUGUACCACCAGAGUACGGCAGCAUGAAAGACAACUAUACCCAAGUCGAGUUGGCAGCCGCAGAGAAAAUAGAAGACAACAAAUCAUCACGAUCCUCCGGAGCAGUUCCAACUCACACAAAGAAGAAAUCACGCGCCAAAGCCCGUCCGAGUAAAAAAAAGUCCCAGUCGUUAAGCUGCAACAUCUGUGGGAGAGUAACGUUGUGCAACAGCAGCAUGGUCAAUCACUUAAGAACGCACACCGGCGAGAGACCCUUCACCUGCCAGAUAUGCGGGAAAUGCUACAGCACGAAGAGUCAAGUGCUGGACCACAUCAGGGCUCACUCCGGGGUGAAACCAUACACCUGCUUCAUCUGCGGAAAGAGCUUCAAAACACGUUUAGGCAUGAAAAAACACGCCCAGGUCAAACAUGAGGAGAAUCAGCCCUUCAAGUGCAUGCAGUGCAGCCAGCAAUUCCAUCGGGUCGUGGAGUUCAAGCGGCACAUGAGGAAGGUCCACAACAUGUCCGAAAACUCACUGUUGCCAUCGCUGAUGCCGGUUCAUCAGCAAAUCUUUUAAGUUGAGUCGAAUACAGAGA